AUGCAGUUCGGUCAAGUGCUCGACCAUGACAUGAUGCACUCUCCAAUCGCAAGAGGUCCCAAAUUUUUCCUGAAUUAUUUUCUGGGUGAAAAACAAAGUUCAGGACCCAACAACACUAUUCUGAACUGCUCUUCUUGUGAUUCUCCUCAAACACUCUCGAUUCAUUGCUUCCCUAUCAAAAUAGAGAAGAAUGAUCCAUUUUUCCCGGCAAAACACAGUGAUGGCAGCCCUCGUUGCAUGCCUUUUGCAAGGAGUUUGCUCGGUCAGCUUACACUUGGCUACAGAAAUCAGCUGAAUCAAUUGACGGCCUUUCUUGACCUGUCAUCGGUCUAUGGUUCAACCGAAUGUGAAGCAAACAAACUUCGUUUGUUCAGUCAAGGAAAACUGAACUUCACGGACCUCGGAUUCAACAAAGAGGCUUUACCUCAAGGAAAUCAAGAAAGAGACUGUCGCUCGACACUUCUAUCCCCGGAAAAACGGUCAGCGCUUCUUUCUGUUGUAAGGAUCAGUUCUAAGCAUACGAUUUUCAGCUGUUUUGUGGCUGGUGACGAACGUAGUAACGAACAGCCUGGACUUACCGUCAUACACACAUUGCUGUUGAGAGAACAUAAUCGGAUAGCUUCUCAGUUACGAAGGAUUAACAAUUUCUGGACAGAUGAGCAGCUAUUCCAAGAAGCGCGAAGGAUCAACAUCGCAAAGAUCCAACAUGUCAUUUUCAAAGAGUGGCUUCCUGUCGUACUUGGCUGCGAAGCUAUGGCAAAAUAUGACCUCAUGCCGAAGAAAAGCGGCUAUUCUACUGGUAGGUCGACAAAGAGUUAG